AUGAUUGGGGGCCUGUUCGUGUACAAUCACAAGGGCGAAGUCCUAAUCUCGCGGGUGUACCGCGAUGACAUAGGCCGGAAUGCCGUAGACGCCUUCCGAGUAAACGUGAUCCAUGCAAGACAGCAAGUGCGUUCGCCGGUGACUAACAUCGCGAGGACUUCAUUUUUCCAUAUCAAGAGAGCAAAUAUAUGGCUGGCAGCUGUUACCAAGCAGAAUGUGAACGCUGCAAUGGUAUUUGAGUUCCUGCUCAAGAUCAUAGAUGUGAUGCAGUCAUACUUCGGCAAGAUCUCUGAAGAGAACAUCAAGAACAACUUUGUUCUUAUCUAUGAGUUGCUUGACGAGAUCCUGGACUUUGGCUACCCACAGAACUCGGACACUGGUGUGCUGAAGACAUUUAUCACUCAGCAAGGUAUCAAGUCCGCCUCCAAAGAGGAACAAGCUCAAAUAACCUCACAAGUCACCGGCCAGAUCGGAUGGCGUCGCGAAGGUAUUAAGUACCGACGCAAUGAACUGUUCCUAGACGUGCUUGAGUAUGUCAACCUGCUCAUGUCGCCGCAAGGUCAAGUACUGUCAGCUCACGUGGCCGGCAAGGUGGUGAUGAAGUCAUACUUGUCUGGCAUGCCGGAGUGCAAGUUUGGUAUCAAUGAUAAGAUUGUCAUGGAGGCUAAAGGGAAAGGCAAUGGAGGUAUAUCGGGCAACACGGACAGUGACCCGGCUCGGUCUGGCAAGCCGGUGGUGGUGAUCGAUGACUGCCAGUUCAACCAGUGCGUUAAGCUCAGCAAGUUCGAGACGGAACACUCUAUAUCUUUCAUACCUCCUGAUGGAGAGUUUGAGCUUAUGAGGUACCGUACCACAAAAGACAUCUCGCUUCCAUUCCGAGUGAUUCCAUUGGUCCGUGAGGUUGGCCGCACCAAGAUGGAGGUGAAAGUAGUUCUCAAGAGCAACUUCAAGCCCUCGCUGCUCGGCCAGAAGAUCGAAGUGAAGAUACCCACUCCACUGAAUACUAGCGGAGUGCAGCUUAUCUGUCUGAAAGGGAAGGCCAAAUAUAAGGCUUCGGAGAAUGCCAUUGUUUGGAAAAUCAAGCGCAUGGCAGGCAUGAAAGAGACCCAGCUCUCAGCGGAAAUCGAACUGUUGGAGACAGACACCAAGAAGAAGUGGACCAGACCACCUAUCUCGAUGGGAUUCGAAGUUCCAUUCGCACCCUCUGGUUUCAAGGUUCGCUACUUGAAGGUGUUUGAGCCCAAACUGAACUACUCCGACCACGAUGUGAUCAAAUGGGUGCGCUACAUCGGACGGUCGGGACUCUACGAGACGAGAUGCUAA